AUGGUGCGGUUCGUAUGCGUUCACAUACGCUCGUAUGAGUUCGGCUACGGUCGUAUGAGUUCGGCUACGGUCGUUUGUAAGACGUCCGAGGCGUCGUCUGUUGUUCGGGUCACAUUCACGUACCUCGUCCUCGCGUACCUCGAAUGUAAUCCGUUCCAAAGAGCGUCGCUUAUUUAUUCGCUUUAUGUUACUCGUCCUAGUUGUAAAUAUGUUAAGUGUAGUCAGUGUGCAUUAUCCGUGGGGCGGGCUGGGGAGCGUGCGGUAGGGGCAAGUGUGGCGAGUGUGGCGCGCGUGGCGAUGCGUGGUGUGGCGUGGCGUGUCGUGGCGUGGCGUGGCGUGGCGCGGGAGGCGGCAGGCGCGGGCGAGGCCCGGGGCGGACUCGAUACAGUGUUAUGCACAAUUAGUGUUACGUGUGAAUGUACUUUGCGGACGAGACGCGAACAUUGCGGGCUAUGA